CUUCGUGCCCCCGGGCUUGUGUCUUCUAGGGGCUUUCGUGGGGGGCUUUUCCGACCCCAGGCCUCUCUGCUUGCGUCCCGCGUUGAAGUUGGUGCGCCUGGGGAGACUUUGGAAGCCUUUCUCCCUUCCCUCCGCCUGUCUUGGCCCCUUCCCCAGCCCCACGGGCGUGUGCUCCCCGGUCCCUGCCGGCCUGAACCGGAGGGAGUCGGGGUACUGGGGACAUGGCGCCGGGGACCCGCCUCCCCGCAGCCAGACCCCCGAGCCCGGGACAGUAGACCCAGCCUGCUCUCCGAGCGCGUCGCGGGCAGGCCCCUGAGGAAAAGCGGCUGCAAGGGUUUCACUCCCACCUGGGUGCCGCUCCCUUGCCCAGCCGGUGCGGCGUUCAGGCCUUAGCGGUUUCCUCCUCGGGUUCCUUUGAGGAAAUGCUGAGCUGCGGCCGUUGGGAGCUGUGGGACCGGCAGACGGGUUCCCUCAAAGCAGCAUUGUGCCUUCUCGGGGCCCAGCGCCUGUGAGUCGCUUGUGAUGCGGGGGCAGGACGCUGACGCCGGCCCCCUGCACUAUUGCCACUGGGGAGGGGCGGUGACUCCGUAGAUCGCUCUGCAAAGGGAGAUAGCAAAUCUACCAGGUGCUGAGCUCCUACUAGGGGCUCGCCACUUUCACACGCCUGGUUCUUCGUUUUGGGAGUUAGAGAGCCCUUUGUGGAUCUCGUGAAAGUUACCGACCUUCUCUCCAAAAAAAGUACAUUUGCAAAUGUACACAUUUUGUAUACAUUUUCAGGAAGUUCAGAAGCCUCCAUCAGCCCAUCCAUGGACUCGUUUUAAUUUUCACAACCACCCUGUGAAAUAGAUAUUAUCGUCCCUUUCAGAGAAGUUAAGGGAUUUCUCAAAGCUAUAUGACUUUGGCUUUCAAGACCCUCUUCCCACAAACUCUCCGUGUACUCAGCCGAAAAGAACCGUGCCUAUUCCGAGUGCGACAUCACCGGCCUGACGUGAGACAGUUCAGCCAGUGUUCAGAAACAGAUCUGAUUCCUGGGAGCUGCCUCCUCCUGAGAAAAGAGCCUGUUCUAUCAUUCCAGCGAGGCAGUCUAAGACCACGUGCCACCUGCCUUGUUUUCUCGCCAGGAUCGCAUGUGGGACUCUGUAGUGGCUCCAGUGAGAUGGCUGAGCAGCGGUUCUGCGUGGACUAUGCCAAACGUGGCACAGCUGGCUGCAAAAAAUGCAAGGAAAAGAUUGUGAAGGGCGUUUGCCGAAUUGGCAAAGUGGUGCCCAAUCCCUUUUCAGAGUCCGGGGGUGAUAUGAAAGAGUGGUACCACAUUAAAUGCAUGUUUGAGAAACUGGAACGGGCCCGGGCCACCACAAAAAAAAUCGAGGACCUCACAGAGCUGGAAGGCUGGGAAGAGCUAGAAGAUAAUGAGAAGGAACAGAUAACCCAGCACAUUGCAGAUCUGUCUUCUAGGGUGGCAAGCACACCAAAGAAGAAAGCUGUUGUCCAGGCUAAGUUGACAGCCACCGGCCAGGUGACAUCUCCAGCGAAAGCUGCCUCUGUAACCAAUACCAAUCCCCGGAAAUUCUCUGGCUUCUCAGCCAAGCCCAACAACUUUGGAGAAGCCCCCUCAAGCCGUACCCUUAAGACUAGCCUGUCCUCUAGCAAAUGUGACCCCAAGCACAAGGAUUGCCUGCUGCGGGAAUUUCGGAAGCUGUGUGCCAUGGUGGCUGAAAAUCCUAGCUACAACACGAAGACCCAGAUCAUCCAGGACUUCCUGCAGAAAGGCUCAGCAGGAGAUGGUUUCCACGGUGAUGUGUACCUAACAGUGAAGCUGCUGCUGCCGGGUGUCAUUAAGAGUGUUUACAACCUGAAUGAUAAGCAGAUUGUGAAGCUUUUUAGCCGCAUUUUCAACUGCAAUCCAGAUGACAUGGCACGGGAUCUAGAGCAGGGUGACGUGUCAGAGACAAUCAGAGUCUUCUUUGAGGAGAGCAAGUCUUUCCCCCCAGCUGCCAAGAGCCUCCUCACCAUCCAGGAGGUGGACGAAUUCCUCCUGCGACUCUCCAGGCUCACCAAGGAGGACGAGCAGCAGCAGGCCCUCCAGGACAUCGCCUCCAGGUGUACAGCCAAUGACCUUAAGUGCAUCAUCAGGUUGAUCAAACAUGACCUGAAGAUGAACUCAGGUGCGAAACACGUGUUAGAUGCCCUCGACCCCAAUGCCUAUGAAGCCUUCAAAGCCUCACGCAACCUGCAGGAUGUGGUGGAGCGGGUCCUUCGCAACGAGCAGGAGGUGGAGAAGGAGCCAGGCCAGAGGCGAGCUCUGAGCGUCCAGGCCUCGCUGAUGACGCCUGUGCAGCCCAUGCUGGCCGAGGCCUGCAAGUCCAUCGAGUAUGCGAUGAAGAAGUGUCCCAACGGCAUGUUCUCUGAGAUCAAGUACGAUGGGGAGCGAGUGCAGGUGCAUAAGAACGGAGACCACUUCAGCUACUUCAGCCGGAGCCUCAAGCCUGUCCUGCCUCACAAGGUGGCCCACUUCAAGGACUACAUCCCCCAGGCUUUCCCUGGGGGCCACAGCAUGAUCCUGGACUCCGAAGUGCUCCUGAUAGACACCAGCACAGGCAAACCUCUGCCCUUUGGGACUCUGGGAGUGCACAAGAAAGCUGCCUUCCAAGAGGCUAAUGUUUGCCUGUUUGUUUUUGAUUGUAUUUACUUCAAUGAUGUCAGCUUGAUGGACAGGCCUCUGUGUGAGCGGCGGAAGUUUCUUCAUGACAACAUGGUUGAAAUUCCCAACCGGAUCAUGUUCUCAGAAAUGAAGCAAGUCAAGAAAGCUUCCGACUUGGUUGACAUGAUAAACCGGGUGAUCCGUGAGGGAUUAGAAGGGCUGGUGCUGAAGGACGUGAAGAGUACAUAUGAGCCUGGGAAGCGGCACUGGCUGAAAGUGAAGAAGGACUAUUUGAACGAGGGGGCCAUGGCUGACACAGCUGACCUGCUUGUCCUUGGGGCCUUCUAUGGGCAAGGGAGCAAAGGUGGCAUGAUGUCGAUCUUCCUCAUGGGCUGCUAUGACCCCGGCAGCCAGAAGUGGUGCACUGUCACCAAGUGCUCAGGUGGCCACGAUGAUGCGACGCUCGCCCGCCUGCAGACAGAGCUGGACAUGGUAAAGAUCAGCAAGGACCCCAGCAAGAUACCCAGCUGGCUGAAAAUCAACAAGAUCUAUUAUCCUGACUUUAUCGUCCCAGACCCAAAGAAAGCUGCUGUGUGGGAGAUCACAGGGGCUGAGUUCUCCAAAUCUGAGGUCCACACAGCCGAUGGCAUCUCUAUCCGGUUCCCUCGCUGCACCCGAAUCCGUGAUGAUAAGGACUGGAAAUCUGCCACUAACCUCCCCCAGCUCAAGGAGCUGUACCAACUGUCCAAGGAGCGGGCAGACUUCACUGUAGUGGCCAGAGAUGACGGGAGCUCCAGUGCAGGGGGCAGCAGUGGAGAGACCGAGGGCACCUCGGGGCCUGCUGUGUCCUCCUGCAAGGUCCCCAUAACCUCCCCCGACAAGCCCUCAGCCAGUGCCAGGAAGGCCCAAAGGAAGCCGAGUAAUCCCAACAGCAAAGGCGGCAACAAGCUGGCCGCAAAGCCUUCCCCUGUGAAAGUGGGAGAGAAGCCGACCACGAAGCCUUCUCCCGUGAAGGUGGGACAAAAGCGGAAGGCUCCAGACGAGGCCCCGUGCCAAGCAAAGGUGCUGCUGGACAUCUUUACUGGGGUGCGGCUCUACCUACCACCCUCCACACCAGACUUCAGCCGGCUCAGACGCUACUUUGUGGCAUUCGACGGAGACCUGGUGCAGGAAUUUGACAUGGCCUCUGCCACACACGUCCUGGGCAGUGGGGACAAGAACACUGAGGCCCAGCAGGUCUCCCCAGAGUGGAUUUGGGCCUGUGUCCGGAAACGGAGACUGGUAGCUCCCUGCUAGGACAGCUGCCUUCCCUUUCCCUCAGGCCCCACCCCCCCAUCCCAUUCCUGACUACUCAGGCAACAGAGGAGCAGUACAGGGUGGGGUCGGACUUUCUUCCCCAAGCAGCGCAUCGUCCAAAACCCACCAACUGUUCACGGUCUUUUCUGGCCCAGGAAUUAGUUGCCGUGGGUCCCACAAGUGAGAUCCGUUUCUCUUGCUCGUUUAAGUUCUUUCAGAUCUGGGUGCUGGUUUUGUCCUAUUUUUCUUUAAAAAGAAGCGUAGUUUUGGGGAGGGGGUUAAUGAAUACCUUGCAGUUAUCGCUGUCCUUUUCACCACUUGCACUCCCUGUAACUUCCCUGGUGACUAAGAAGUGAAGGCUGAGUUACUGAAGCUGUGGUCAGAGCUCACCCCUGCAGAAGUCUUCUCUCCUCUCCUCACCCACUUUACUUCCAGGCUUAUUUUAAAGUUGUAUUUAAAAGACUACCCUCAGAAAUCCUUUAUUUGGAAAACUUGUAUUCAGCCUGGCCUCUUUUGCCAGGAAUGAAGCCUCAUUUGAAAGAAGACAAAA